GCUUUUGCUAUAAAAACAGGGUGAUUCACUAGAGAAAAGUAUCCAGUCUUCUAUCGAACAACACGCAUUUCAUCUCUCAACAUGCAGGUCGCACUAAUUGCAUUUUCGCUGGUCGUCUUCGUCGUCGCCACCCCCGUUCCUUCCUAUCACGAUUACAAUACCCCCAGCUAUCCCGAAUAUAAGGAAAAAGAAUAUCACCAUGCUCCUGCGAACUACAACUUCAAAUAUGACGCCGUGGACCAUUACGCAAACUUCGGACAUGAGGAAAGCCGCAAAGGAGAUUUCACCAAAGGAAGUUACUAUGUCGACUUACCUGACGGUCGUCGACAGCACGUGAAUUACUACGUCGAUGGUUACUCUGGUUAUGUCGCCGAAGUCACGUACGAAGGAGAAAUCCAGUACUACAACGAUUACAAAUCGCCCUACUACUACAAAUCACAUAAACAAACUUAUCAAUAUUAAACACAGACAAGUUUGUUCGAGACAUAUUUAUUAGAUGCUUUUUAUGCUUAUAUUACCGCUUUAGUACUCCGCCACUCCAAGAAAAUCUUGAGCGUACAUCUCUUGUUAGAUGCGCAUUGCUAGAUUAGAUCUGCUAUUUCUGUUAACCAAAUCUGUAGUAAUAAGGUAAACCAUAUUCAAUCAGAGCAAUACAUUAUACCUUUCUGA